UGAAGUCAGUCUGCAGUGUGCCAUGCAGAGGAAGGAAUGUGAUGUUCGAAUGUGUGAUAAACGGUAGAAAGUUAGGUAAUAAAAGGCAGCAAAACACACGUUUCAGAGGGGCAACAUUGCUGCUUUCUUGUAACGAAUAAGCAUGAGUCGGGUUACUUCUGAAGUGUCGUUCGAGCACAUCGACGACUGGUUCAAAAUUGGGUUGAAAAACCCACGCAUGCCUGAGACCGUUUUAUGCAGCACGGGGGGCCGAGGAGGAACCGGAGGCAGGUGGCCCAACAAGCAGAGGGACGAGACCGAAGAAGCAGACGCCGCACAGGUUCCUACCUAUCGUCGAGAUCCCCAAGAUCACCAGCUUCAGUAUGCGGAAAAGUACCAGAAGCAAUGGGAAGAAGAGAGGCUUCAGGACGCCAGUGAAAGUGACGUUGCAAGAAGCAUUCACACAAGUCUCUCUGAUUUGGAGAGCAUGACUGAGAGUGAUGUCUUCAGUAUGCCGUAUGAUCAGCCAGCAGAACUCGCUGCUCAGGUCUACCAUAACUACAACUUUGAUCACACAUACAACCCAGCUCUGCCAAUCACUGAGUAUGCUGAACAGAUUGUCAACACAAUCGAGGCCCAACAAGUGGCAAUAAUCCAGGGUAUGACUGGAAGCGGGAAGACAACCCAAGUUCCCCAAUUCCUCUUGAACCAUUACGCAACUCACAACAAACACUGUAACAUCAUCGUGACUCAGCCCAGGAGGAUUGCCGCCAUCAGCAUUGCCAAACGAGUGUGCGAGGAACGGCGCUGGCAACUUGGAAGUCUUGUCGGUUACCAGGUUGGUAUGGAUAAUAAAACGUCGGAGGAUACACGCCUUACUUUUUGCACUACUGGGAUUCUCUUGAAUCAACUGAUCCGGGAUAGAACCAUGAUCAAGUACACACACAUCAUUCUAGACGAGGUACAUGAAAGGGACCAAGAUAUGGACUUCACCCUUCUAGUAGCCAGGAAGCUACAGAGAUCAAACUCAAGACAUGUCAAGAUCAUCCUCAUGUCAGCGACCUUUGACACCUCCAUGUUUGCCAACUACUUUGCCAUGCCCAUAGCCGGGAAACUGGAGAACGCUCCUGUUGUGAACAUCGAGGGGAAAGUAUACGAUGUGCAGGAAAUCUACGCACCAGAUGUCAGCCACCUCGGACAGUUCAUAGAAAGUGAAAACGGUGAGCCGACGAUCAACCCUGAGACUUAUGAACUUGCCAAGAACCUGAUCAUUCACUUUGAUGAACUGGAAGUGGCUGAACAAGGGGACAGUGACAAGAGUGGUCGUGCUAAGCACAGGGGAACAGUCUUGGUGUUUUUGCCAGGAUUAGCGGAGAUAAACAGACUUGAUGAAAUGCUUGUCAGUGUGGUUGCUUUUCACAGGUUGUGGGUAUUGCCUCUUCAUUCUACCAUCACAUCCCAGGAGCAAUCCAGAGCUUUUACCAAGGCCCAGGACGGCUUCCGGAAAGUCAUCCUAGCAACCAACAUUGCGGAGAGCUCCAUCACGGUUCCUGAUAUCAAAUACGUUAUUGACUUCAUGUUGACUAAGUGCAUGAUAUGUGAUCCAGAGACCAACUUUCAGAGUCUUAAAGUACAGUGGGCAUCCAAAGCCAAUGCCAUCCAAAGAAAAGGAAGAGCCGGUCGUGUUUCGUCUGGUCAGGUUUACAGACUUGUCUCAAAAAGGUUCUAUGAGGAUUACAUGAAUGAUUAUGGAAUUCCUGAAAUGAGGCGUUGCCCCUUGGAGCACCUGAUUCUCAAAGUCAAGCGCUUAGACCUUGGUGAACCAAAGGCCCUGCUUGCUCUGGCUCUAGAACCACCCAACCUGGAUAACAUCAUGAGGACAGUACUCCUUCUCAAGGAGGUUGGCGCUUUGUCUACUACCACAGGGGGUGUCAUCUCGCCUAAUGACAGCGAUGGUGAUCUAACAUUCCUUGGUCAGGUGCUCUCUGAGCUCCCUGUUGACAUACGUGUAGGGAAACUCUUGGUACUAGGCCAUGUGUUUGACUGUCUCAGGGAAUGCCUCAUCAUUGGUGCUGGUCUCUCUGUGAAGAGUUUCUUUGCAAGACCGUAUAAGGAUCAACUCAAAUCCUAUGGGUCCAAGUUGAAAUGGGCAGGCAAGUCCUUCAGCGACUGCAUAGCCAUCCUGAAUGCAUACACUGAAUGGGAACAUCUCAAAGACACAAGUGGAUUCCUAAGACCGGGAAUGAACGAGAGAAGGUGGGGUGAGAAGAACAUGAUCCAGAUCAACAGAAUCCGAGAGGUGUCUGAAGUGGCCAAGGAGCUGUGUGAUCGAUUGUUCAAGUUUAAUAUCAAGGUGCCAAGGGACAGCCACAGAAGGAGACAGCAGGAAGAUCAUGUACAGGACAUGCUGGUCCUCAAGCUUGUUCUUGCUGGAGCCUUCUACCCUAAUUACUUCAUGUGUGAAGAACCAAAUGAAGCUGAUGCUCUGAAACAGCUCUCAGGAAAGGACCCCUGCACUACUGUCAUGAUAUCCAAUCUCCCAAGCCAUGGCUACCUGUAUAAGACGUCCAUUGCAAGUCUCUUUGAGCAGUGUGGUAAAGGAAAGCACCUCUACUUUGAACAAUCCAAAGCACUGAUUGAGUUUGAGCGUCCCCACUCCAUGACCGACACAGAGUCUAGCCCCAUCCUAAAUGCAGUGUACAUGGCUGUCAAGAUGAGGUUACUUCGUCUGCCCAUGACCAUUGACCUUUAUGAGGUCAACGAGUCACAGAUGAAGUCCCUUGAAGAGGGUAGGGAGAACUCGUCUCAGAGUGGUAGGCAGCUGAAAACUGAGAGAUUGUCCGUGUCUGUGGACAGUGAUGCCCCAAGACAGGUUGCCUUGCCACCCCCUAACAGGAACUGGGUGGACAUUAUGGUCACUGAGGUUGUUGAUGGUAAUCGCUUCUGGGCUCACUAUGCAGAUUCCGAGACCUUCAAACUGCUAUCACAUAUCAUGAGAGAAAUCAAUUGCCAAAGUGCCUUUGAUAUGCCAAAACUUGCUGUAGCGUUACGGCCAGGUGCGUAUUGCCUAGCUCCGUUUACUGAUCAGGAUGAGCGGAACUAUUACAGAGCUCGUAUUGAAGAUGUACAUCCAGACAAAAGUCACGUUCAGGUGUUUUUUCUGGACUAUGGCAACAUGGAGCAGGUUGAGAGACAAGAGUUGAGGCAGAUGCCCAGAAGUCUGCUACAGAUACCUUUCCAGUCCUUAGAAUGUGUUUUGUGUGAGACCAAACCAUUUUAUGCUUUAGCCAACACCAACAAGGCCGACUCAAAUCCAAGACAACACCUGUCGACACCAAAACAGCGCCUGUAUGAGCUGGCUUCCAAUAGAAUCAUGACUGCCAAGGUGUUUUCUGUGGUGAGUGGGACGCUAAGAGUGGAUCUUUACGACUGCUGCCAAGAACCGUCCUUGCACAUCAAUCAAAUAUUGAUACAUGAAAACAAGGCCGACAAAGCUGAAGAGCCGUACGUCUCGAAGAUGAACAAUCUACAAAGACAAGAGGAGGUUGCCUAUAAGUACAUUGACCCUGGCUGGACGGAGGUUUCCAAUACCUCGGAAGUGUUUGGAUCUCUGACGUCCAGAAAGAGUGGACGGGCGUUUCUCCGUGGUCCAAUUAGUCCGUUCGAGGUGAGGUUCAGCAGUAUGACUCGCGUCGGAAGAAUGAAGGCAACCAGAGUAGAGCGAGACAGCAUCAACUCAGUUGCCCUGAGCAACGCCCCGGAGGAGAAGUUUACCAAGAUGAUGGUAUCCGCUAACGUCGGCCUCAAUCAUUCGGGCAACACGCUGCUUAGCAGGGAUACAACAAUGAUGCCCAACAUACCUGACCUACCCAGUCUUGUCUGCAUGCUGUUUACACCAGCCAUUGAGCUCAGGACUGACAAGGAUAACACCAGACUGGCAGGAGCUCUGUGUGGUCUUGGUUAUGAUCCUGAAUCCAAAGGAGCCGUGUUACCAGACCAUGACAUCGAGGUGACCUUUGACUCGGUCAUUUUGAAUCAGGACAUUGCAGAUAUUAAUGGUAUCCGAACGGCCAUAAAUAUUGCCAUUGGAUCUGAAGAGGCAAUGAAAGGAUGGGGACCAACCGCUAUAAUGAAGAUCCAGCAGGCGGCUAGAGACGAGAUGCUGCAGUUAUUCCUGAAGAGGCGAGUGGCAGCUGAGCCAGUUCAUUUUGGCCGAGCGUAUCUAUGGCAACAGUUUGAUCCCAAUGACUUGCUGGAACAUGGUAAAGAAGAUGAGUACCACUUCCCAAAGUUAUUUCAACUUCACGACAGCAUCGUGCUGCAGGAAUCAGAAGAGGACACAGAGAGAAACCUCAUCAACUACCAGCACAAUAAGAGGCAUCUAGAUGGCAUGCAUGCUAAGGCAAAUAGAUCCACUGUCCCCUUCGAGAAGCCGGUCCAAUGUUGGCUUUGUGAAUGUGUCUGCUACACCCCUAGAGAUCUUCUCUUCCAUCUUGGAACGCAAUCUCACAUGCAAGAAGAGCACAAACUGGACGAAGAACACCAGAUGUAUUUUCAGUAGGCCGCCUGUAGCUGGGUAAAAGAAAGAAAGAAGAAGAAAUCACUCCUACUUCUAAGCUCAGGAUAGGAAGAUUGUAAUUGGCAAACCUUUACGCCAUGUCACACACGGUGAUUUCUGUUGUCAGGCAACUUGGAGGCAACUGUUGUCAGGCAACUUGGAGGCAACUUUUACAGGCAACUUGGAGUCAACUUGGGGCCUUGUCACACGAUGCAACUUUUACAGGCAACUUGGAGGCAACCAACUGCAGUGCAUGCUUUAGGACCACUUUGGUGGCACAUGACACAUUUUUCCAACAUUUUCUUACAAUCAACAAGAAAAAUACGUGAACAUUGAAAUGUGAAUGCCUUUCCUUCUUGGAGAUUGCCUGGAACUGGUUGCUUGUAAAUUGCCCCGUGUGGCAUGGCCCUUAUUGCACUGUGUGCAGAAGAAACACCUCGGGAGCACAAUAGAUAUGUGAUGCGAUUAAGCAAAAUGAGUCGUUUGUCGGUAAUCUCAGAUUGGAGAAACAAGCCAAAACAGGCCAACAGAGGUGAAAUAAGAAAUAAAAAAUUAAAAUAGAAAAUUUAUGCCAAAAUAUCAACUCAACUUUAAAUCCCUCUUUCUCAAUUUUAUUCUCUCGUACUUGGUGUUUCUUCUUUCUUGACUUUUGUACUAAAUGUGGUAUCCACAUGGGGUUUUAACAUGUUUUAAAACAUAGAUUAUGCUGGGCUUUUUUUCAAAUGUAUAGAAAAAUUACCUGGGUCGACUAAUGUCUCAUUUUGCUUGAUCACAUUACAUAUUCGGCGAGCUGUAAGUUUAACUCACAAGAAAACUGGAAUGUGAUUGUUUGGAGAUUGCCUAGAGCUUGAUGCCCGAUGAGCCUCAUGUGACACGACCUUUAGUACCUAAACACAAUUCCAAUAUGUGAGGUUUGUUCCUUGUGGCCUCUGACCUUUAGUACCUGAACCUGAUUAUAAACUGCAAGGUUUGGACCUUGUGAGAAAACUGAUUUGUCUGCAUGGGUCUUUUGUUUGCCAUGAAAUUACGCGAUAACUAUUUUCUACUUUACACUGUCAGCCCAGAAUUAUUGUUUCUAUCUGAAACAAUUAAUACUUAGCUGCACACAGGAACAUACUCCAUAACAACCCAUGUGAUAUGCUUAUGAAUUUUUCUACUUUGAGCAGAGCCGUGAGGUUGAGCCCAGAUGAGCUGGGCACCCCAAACAGGGCCAGCAUUCCAGACGUUACAAUUUUGCCAAAGUUAAUAUACUUUAUUUCUAUUUCUGGAAGACACCAGAAGUGUUUUUGAGGGCCUUUGUUUUCUGUUCAAAUGGCUGUUCACAUAGAACAGCCUCAGAGGGUGUUUUUUCCCUUGAGGGUGUUUUUCCCGAGCGGAAAAUUACUUUAAUGUUAUCAAAUUAUGUUUGUUUUCCCAGAGUGGAAACGCCUUGAGCAGAGGGAAUUUCAAAAAUGAUAAUCAUGUCUUUAUUAUAUCAUGAUAUUGAUUUUGCCAUCCUAUGGUCUCCUAAAUUACCAGUGAGAGAGAACACAUAGUGAUAAUAGUUACCCUUCACUUUAUCAAAGAAAUAUUCACAACAUAGACGUCGUCUGGAUGAACCUAGCUGCCCCCCCCCCCCCGAAAACCCACCCUGAAACUCCUAUGAAAACAGAGUAAUUGACCAACGUUUUAGUUUUUCAUGUUGGCAGUUUUUGAAAAUAGUUCAUUUAAAUAGUCAGAAAGUAAAGACAUUUAAAGAAGAAAAACGUUUUAUUUAUUUUUUUAAUAAACGUGCAUAAAAGAGAUGACUAUUUUCGUUACUAUUAUUCUCAGGUUUUUUUUGUAACCAGAACUGUUAAUGCUUCAUUAAUUACUAGUUACGUCUUUGUGGUGUAUUAGUUUUUUUCUGAGGUCGACUCUGAAUGUUGAAAAGAGGCUAGGCAGCCCGUUGUUAUUAAACUUGUACCACGUUGUACCUGAAGAUGGUUAUAGUAAAGUAAUUUAUUUUCAUAUUUUUACCUCUUAUAAUGUUUGAUUCAAUAAGAAACCUCGGUCAAAUUUUGGACCCAGAAAAGUUAAGCCAUUGUGAUUCUUUGUCUGUGUUUAUGUUCCAAUUUUCAGUUUCUAUUUAGUGUGCACUUUAGUGAAUUUUUUUCAAAAACAACUGCUGAUAUCGGUUGUUGCAACCGAAAUUAAGAACUAUGUGUUUAUAGUACAGCUUAACAUUAAAAUAGACUGAAAAUUUAAUAUAAUUUAUUAAAAGAUGGUGAGCAAAACUGCUCAAACGUGUUCAUGCACAUUUAGAGUGAAGAUUAUCUUGUUGAUGGAGUCGGGUGAAUAAGGUCAUUGCUUCAGUAUCGUCUCCGGACUGUUUAAAGUAAACAAAUUCAGCCUCUGACAAAAGUCGUGUCUGCGUCAUUAACGAAGAUUGCACAUCUCCCACAGGUAGCGCACCUUUUCAUCUGUAUACUCAAAAUUAUUCCCAAACCGUUACUCCAUUGUGGGGGAAUGUGCAUGAUUGGAAAAUUUCUAGAACAUGUUGCCAUGGAGAGAAGAUGCAUUUUCCCUUCAUCAAAAACAUUGAUCAAUUUCAGAACGAUGCGAUGAAACAUUAUUUAACAGUACUUUUUUCAGGGCCAUCAUUGGAGUUUUUUCUUUCUUCUUUCAAAAGGCAUUCAAAUGGAUGCAUUCAGUAUCAGCAGUUGUCAUUGUAAUCUCCACAAACAAAUGACGCACUUUGCAAUUAAUGCAUUUAUGAACAACUCGUAAAUGAUGCAUUUUCUGGACAUCUGUUAUGAUGCGGAAAGAGCAAACCCAUUGUUUCUGUGUUCAGACAAUGGAACGAAAGAAGACUAUAGGUAUUAUUAUUUCCCAUUAUAUAUGCUGAAUAAAUAAUUUAACCGUGCUGCGAUGUCGCCGGGUUUUUCGCUCGUUCAGUUAUUGUAUACAGUUUUAAAACAAAAACCCCGAGUCACAAUUGACCAGUUAAAAUGAAAUGUUUCACAGUUUGAUCCAUUUAUGUUUUAUUUUGACACAGAUUACGGGUCAUACUGACCCCAAAAUGAGUCUACUGAUCCAGAAAUGGGUCAGGCCCCAUGGGACGUGGAAUCAACAAAUUUGGGUUCAUUUCCUUCCCAUCUUAAAGGGAAUUGGCGCAAUAUAGAUGUAGAGUAUAAGAAAUUUAUUUAUAUUAUGUCAAGUGGAUUCCGAUAUAUUUAGCGUUGUUUGCAAUCAUGUUAGAUAGCCGUUUAAACUAUUUCUUCCAGUAUAGGUCUACCCACAAUGGUGGGUAUAGGAAAUAGCUUUUUGUACACGAAUGAUUUUUUUAAUACCAAAAACAACUCUUGGACCUGUAAGAAUAGAAAAUAUCAGACUAAACUGUUUAGAGGUCAAAAUAAGUUUUGGAUUACACAACUGGCUUUUUGAUAUCAAAUUAUCGCUUGAUGUCAUAGUUUUUCCAUCAACAAAUCAUAAACGUUUCGAUAGCAGAAGUACACAUCAGAACAACGUAUUGGAUAUCCUAAUAACUGUGGAUUUUAUAAUAAUGUAUAAGAUACUAUAUAACAUAUAGUUCGAAUAUCAGGAUCACUGUGUGGAUUUUCACAAUAACGCAAUAAUCUAACAACGUCUGGGUAUAAGAACCACUUUGGAUAUCAGUAAUAAUGUUAGAUCAGAUUUGGGACUGUUUGGAUAUCAGAAAAACUCUUUGAUAUUUGAAUAGCUUUGUGAUAAACAAAAAUGCUGGAUACCAUAAGAUAUCAGAAUAAUGUUUGGAUAUAACUUUGGAUGUUGAAACAAUUUUGGAUUACAGAGCAACCUUUUUUUUGUUUAUAGGCAUACAUCGAACAAUGGUAUUGUCCAUCACUUGAAAUGCUCCCACCUUUGAACAUCUUGAAAGCUGAUAUAUGACAUCAUGGAUUAAGCGCAAACUUUUAGCUAUACACAGUCGGUGACCGACUUGACAAGUGUUCGAAACGUGAACUCACAUGCCAGUGUUAUAAUGAAAUUAGAAAACUCAUUAAAGAAAUUCGAUAAUAAAUCAUGGUAGAACAAAAUGGUGUAGGUUUUCUGAAAUAGUAUAUUUAGCCCGAGGUGACCAAACCAAAGUUUAUUGCCUCAAUUUGUUUUCGCCUAUAGCAUGAAAUGUCACGUGUGGUCUUUCUUCACUGAGAGUAUGAUGGGGUUGAAACUUGGAGUUCUCUCGGAUUCAUUUUGGCACAUUUUGCAUUUGCAGCGGACAUCAUAUUGUUUGCCGGUGAAAUACCAUCAUUACCAGUCAUCAGUACACAAGUCAGGGUGAUGUCCAAACAUUUUCUUCGUUGAAUUAAAACAAAGCUGAGGAACAGUUCAAUCACGCUGUAGGCCUGCCAUGUAUUGGAAAGAAGGACAGAAUUUUACGCAUUUUCUGAAGGUGACUUUAUUUCAGUACCAGUUGUUCUCGAAGGUGGUUCGCGUAGUUUACGGUGAUACCCUCAAGCAGCACCACAUCUUGGUCGAGACAUAAAACAACAUGUUUUUCGUUACAAUUGGAUGCGACAAAAAGUCCAUAAAAGCGAACCUGCUUGCGGGUUUGUUUACGUGUAUAAACGAUACUUCAGUGCCGAUAUAGGUAACAUUUUAAUUUUGGUGGGGUCGCACGAGGGUGGACCAUCCUUUUCUAUGUAUCACUUCCGAAGCCAAUUAAAAACUGUAGUUUUCGUCUGCAUUUCCCCCAAACAAACCCCCUUUUGGCCCACUCUUUAUGUCAUUAAUUAUCCGGUUAUUUUGUGUUGGAUAAUCUUAGACUAAUGUGUAAU